AGCCGUAAAGCGCCGUACCGGAAGUGAAUUACACGGUUUACAGUUGUUCGCAUCAAACUAAACGGUUAAGCGGGUCAGUUUGUAACCCCUCUCGGCGUGUCUCUGGUUCGUGUUGUACGCAGCGAGCUUCCGGUCUGAACGAACCCGGCUGGGCAGCACAACAACCCGGGGAGCUGUGAAGGUGUUUACAGUCCAUGAGUCGCAGCAGGAACCCCCCUGCCCGGGGACAAGGGGCAGCUAGAGCCAAACAGAUGGGGCUUCUUCUGGACCUUACCCCUGACGGAGGGAUCGGCGAUGACGGGAAUGACGAGGAUCUGGAGGCGGAGCUCCUCAGUUUGGUGGGAGGAGGUGGAAAAGGAGGGAGACCACAAGGGAGGAAAGGGGAAGGAAAAUCACCGGUUCCAAUGGCAGAAAUCGAGCGAAUGGCGGCACUUUGUAUGAAAGAUCUGGACGAUGAGGACAUAGGAGAUGAAGAUUUGGAUGACGAAGACCUGCUGGCAGAAUUAAACGAAGUGUUGGAGGAUGACGAGGGGGAUGCUCCUGCUCCUCCUCCUGCUCCGAAACCUCUCGCUGCCACUCCCACUGUUCCCAAGGUGAAUGUCACGUCUCCGUCCGCACCCGGUGGGGCGUCAGGGCUGGAAUCUCGCCUGCUGGAGCGCAUUGAUAUGUAUCAGAAGGCCAUAUCCAAUGCCAAGGCUGCAGGCGAGACCAGCAAAGUGCGAAGAUAUGAGAGAGGGUUAAAGACACUACAGUCCAUGCUGACAUCCGUGAAGAAAGGGAAGCCGAUCAAUGAAGAGGAGAUUCCUCCUCCGGUCGCCAUUGGGGCAAAAUCAAACGCUCCGGCCGAGGCUGAACCCGUCAAAGAGCGAGAAGCGCCCGCGCUAAUCCCCUCCCCUCCAUCCAAUCAGAAACCACUGAGGGAUCCGGCACCAGAACCCCCGAACGCUAAACCUGCACAUCUAACGAUUCCCCAAAAAGCGGCUGCUGCCGUCACCCCAGAAACACCCGCGAUCUCCCCCCUCACCCCCGGCCAGCCUGGCGGCCAGCACUCAGAGCUGAAACAGGCAGUGCUGUCCAGACAGAGGGAGUAUAAGUUGGCUGCUAUAGAAGCGAAGCAGAGCGGUGACAUCAACCUGGCCAAGCAGCACUACCUCACUGCUAAGAAGCUGGACUCGCUGGUGGAGGCUGUGGACCGAGGGGAACCAGUGGAGCUCAGCUCCUUACCUCCCCCUCCUGAAGAUGCGGUGGAACAGCAACGUGCAGCCGUUCCUCCUCAGUCUUCUUCCAAACCUGCUGCUGCUCCUGCAGCUCCUCCUGCAACUCCUCCUGCAGCUCCUCCUGCUGCUCCUGCACCCACCCAGGUGGCCACCAACAACCUUCCUGCUCCCAGCAGUGUGGCAGAAGCCCUGAAGCAGCGGAUGGACAUUUACAAGCAGGCAGCAGAGGGAGCCAAGAGCAAAGGAGACGAUCGGAAGGCACGCAUGCACCAGCGGAUUAUAAAGCAAUACCAGGACGCCAUCAAAGCUCACAAUGCAGGCCGACCUAUCAACUUGUCCGAUCUGCCGGUGCCUCCUGGCUGUCCGCCUCUCCAGGGCUCAGAAGGGAGUCAGCAGAACCUGAUAGGUGUCCUGGAAACGGCUAUGAAAAUAGCAAACCAGGAUGUCGAUGAGGAUGAACAAAGUGAUGCUGCCAAGCCUGCAGUGCGUCCACCUGUGCAGAAAGCAAAGUCUCCAGCUCCCCCGGUGCCCACAGGAUCCUCGGCUCCAAAACUGGGACUCAAAGCCCAGCAGCAGGUGGACUUCCUGUUGCUACGGCGACAGGCCUUUAUGCGUGCAGCGCUACGCUCCAAACAGAUGAAGGACAUGACAGGAGCCGCGCAGCACCUCAGACACGCCAAGGGCCUCGAUCCCAUGAUUACAGCUGCAAAGUCCGGCCUACCUGUUGAUAUCACAAAGAUUCCAAGCGCUCCGGUGAGUGAGGAGGAUUAUUCCCUGGGUCGUUCCCGGACCUCUCCUGUCUCCCCUCGCUCCAGCGAGAAGUACCACGCCCUCAUGGAUCUCUUACGAAAGCAACACGAGAAAUGUUUGGGCCUCUCUCAGCAGUUCAUUCUCAUGGGCAACGUAGCCGAGGCUUUGAAGUUUGAGAAGCUUGUUGAGGAGACCAUGAAGUACAUAGAGAUGCUAAAGAGCGCCCACGCCAAGGGCCACCCAGUUCCCAAGUGCCACACACAGGAGAGAACCUUCAACUCUCCAAAGACCCACUCCAACCUGUCUCCCAAUGACCUGCUGCUGUACAUCAUCCGUGGCAUUAACCUGCCCGCCCCAUCAGGCGUCUCUCCUAAUGAUCUGGAUGCCAGCGUAAAAUUUGAGUUUCCCUUCCCCAGCUCGGAGGACGCCCAGAGGGACAAAACCGGCACGGUGAAGAACAGCAGCAGUCCAGAGUUUAAAGAGCAGUUCAGACUGAACAUUAACCGGGCCCACAGAGGAUUCAGGCGGGUCGUUCAGUCCAAAGGCAUCAAGUUUGAAGUCGUCCACAAGGGAGGUCUGUUUAAGACGGAUAAAGCGGUGGGUACCGCUCAGCUGAAACUGGAGGCUCUAGAAAACCACUGUGACAUCAGAGAGAUCAUAGAGGUGAUGGACGGCCGCAAAGCCACAGGCGGAAAGUUGGAGGUGAGGGUGAAGAUCAGAGAGCCUCUGUCGGGGCUGGACCUGCAGCCCACGACUGAGAAGUGGUACGUUCUGGAGCCGGCGACCACGCUCUCGCCUCCGGAGAAGCAAAAGGAGCGGGCUCCGUCUCCUCGGUCCAAACCCAAGCACGAGUCGAGCGGCAGGAGCAGUCACCCCAGCAGCUCCCCUCCUCAGUACAAGCUGCACAGCUUCAGCCUCCUCAACUACGACAAGGAGCGGCUGGAGAGGAAGAUCGCAGAUUACCGGAAGAACCACAGCGAUCCGCCGUCUGACCUCAUUCAUCAACACAAAGACGUCAUGCACCGGCUCCAGUGGCAGAAAGCCCAGCUGGAACGAGCGACUCCUGCUCUGCUGACAGAGUAUGAACAGGUGCUGAAGCGCUUCGUCCAAGGACUCUCCGAGUCUGUGAAGAAAUACUCCAGCCAAGGGAACAGGGAAGCUGCGAAGGACGCGCUGGGCAGGAUGAAGAUGGUAGAGAAUGAGCUGGAAUCUCUAAAAAGAAAACGCACAGGAUGAAAGAACGGUGAGGUGGAGACUUGGCUGGAGCGCGGCUAGCUCUCAUUCACACUCGACUACGGAUGCUACAAAAAAAGCAGCUUAAGCGUGUCCAAGACAACCAACCUGCUUCCUCUGUCUCUCUCUAUAACCUGUACGGCAUGUGGGCGGUAGCUGCAUCUACCAGGGGGGCACGGGGAUGUUAAAGGAAGCAUUUAACGGGGCGAAGGAGAGGCGGAUUUCUUUGCGCUUAUUAAAGGAAACCCUAGAGAAAUGAGCUUUUACAACAAUCCUCUGAAUGAUUUGGGAGAAGAUCCGUGAAAGGAUGUUAUGUUUUACAUAUCGCACCAGCUUUUUUUUUUUGGUGUUAUCAAAUGACCAAUAAUAUAUUUGUGUGUCUGUACAUGAUCUGAGGCGUAUUAAAGGGGUGGAUUAAGGUGGAAUUAACCCUUUCCUUGACAUAUUUUACCUGUUUUGAUGAGUUUAACCUAAUCUGUCUGCGCCGGUGUUUCCAGAUUACAGUAAUCUGCUCUGUUUGGGGUCUUCUGAUAUGGGGAGGAAAGGAAAAGCAAGGCUUUGGGGUGCCUGCGCUUGCAUCCCAUAAUAAGGGAUUGGUUUUUAUGUCACCAAGGAGAUGACUAGAACAAGACGUUGAGAUCAUUUUAGGGGCAGCAGGAGGAGGUUGUUGGGAUUCCUCCCUCAUUUUAUUUAUUUAUUUUUACUUUAUCUCAAUGUUUUUGUCACUUCCAGUCUAAAUUUUACAUUUAAGUCCAAAAUUAUUCACUGGGGAUGGAGAGCCUCCUUGCCAUCACUUUCCCUGUAUGAGCCACGCCACAAUGUUACUAUUAAGAUUAAGAGCUUACUUUAAAUGACAGUAAAGUCCAUUCCUCCUCAGCAUGGAUGUUGUUAAUUUUUCAUCGAUUUGUCUUAUUUUGACCAUUUUGAUCCAGAACUGAGCUCAAGUCCUAACUUGUCGUCUUUUUUUUUUUCUCUCAUCCACAAAUGGUGAAAAAUGACCCUUUUAUUCUCAGACAUAUAAAGACACCUUGCUCAGUAUUUGGUUAAUUGUCCUUGAGCAGCUUGCAGAGAACCUUUUAUUCAUUCUGCAGCCACUAACAGCUUCUGGCUGGAUAAUUGAUCCCUCUUUGAUCCCUCUUCUCAUCUGGUAAAUUGGGCGCAGGCCUGGCUUUAGUCCACAAACGACCGUCAUUUUUGGUCCCAAAGCCCGUUUUGAUGUGUUGGGGAUCAGUGUCCUGUUGGACAUCUUGUUGUAAAACGUGAGGCUAAGUUAAAAAGUCAUGAGGUACUGCUAGUGUUUAUCAUCCUAUCCUCUUGUGCUAUGCACCAGCACCCCUGGCAGUGAAACAGACCCCCAUCAUGACGCUGCCACCGCCGUGCAUGGCGGUGUCCACUGGGGUCUUGGGUUUGAAAGCCCCCACCAUGACUCCCUGGUUCCUCUUGUCAACGUGGCCAAACAGGAGAACAUCUGACUUGUCUGACCGUGAAACGGUUCUUCAGAAAGGCUUGUUGAUCAGGGCAGAUGCAGGUUUCACCGGAGUUUUCUGGGUGUGAGUUUUGAAGCAGGGGACAGUGACACUGGGGGUCCAGCAGCUUUCCAGCAUGUGGUAGUCAUGAUGAGGUGCCAGUUCCUGGGUUGGUCCUCAACGCCCGAACCAAUUUCUUUUGAUCUGAGGAUGUCGAUCCGGGUCAGAUGGUCCAGAUUGGGUUAGAGCUGUGCUCCAACAGGACAACGAUGCCAAACCCACGUCAAAGCCGGUUUUGAAGCACCUUUAGCUGGCGAACAUUAAAGCUUCCUUCCUUACCAAAGCGCCGAUCUUCAGCCUUUUGAAUGCUGGUGGCCUACGCCUAAAGCUGCCUGGUAGAGGAAACUCGCCAAGAGGCAUUUAAUCCACCAUUGGUGGGAGGUGUUUGCAUAUAUUUGAGCAUGUAUGUAUAAUUGUGACCUGUCUGGAUUAGAAACAUUUUAAAAUCUAACUUGUGCACCCAGUUUCUGUAUUGGAUAAUAGUUUAUGCUUUCCCUUACUUUAACCCCGCUAUUAAUGCCGUUCCAC